CAUGUAGUACUUAGUUAUGGGUUUUAAUAUUGAGGUAACUGAGAAACGUUAAGGUUUUUCACCCAAGUGCUCAUGUAUACUAAUGAGUUAUUUGCAAAGUAGGCCUAUUACACAUCUAAAUUUAAAAGUGAAACGAUAGUGGCUUGUUGAUUUAAGAUUCAGUGGCCAGACAUGUAUGCAUAUCAUGUCAACAUAUUUUUGGAAUCCGACCUUAAUGACGCUGAGCACCCGUGGUGUGCGGGAGGAGGGGAGAGCCGGUUGCUAUGGAUAAUCGCAACCAUGGUAACGUCAUGGGCUUUUAUGAAGUAUACUCUCACCCGGCGUUAAUUCGAUACAAAACUAGCGUGUGCACGAAAGCCACGUUAUUUGCCAUAGCUGUUCUAUGUCUUACCUACAUUCCUCCUCUCCUGGUUGCCUACAGAAGUCAAGGAUUCUGGUUGAAACGCAGCACCUACGAAGAACAACCCGUUGUCAGGUUUCAGUAUCAGAUGCUUCUGGUGACUGCAACCAGCACAAAGGGUGACUACGUUGCUUGGAGCACAUACCCCAGUUUAAAUAAUUUAUUAGGAAGCAACCUACGAAUCCCCAUGGUUUCGGCUAGAGAGGAGGAUCAGAAUCAGGAUGGGAAGUUAGACCAAUUGAAUCUCCAGCUGGAGCUUCCUCUGUCACCUGAGGAGCAGGUCUACAGCAUCCAGUUGCUUCUCACCUUCUCCUACCAGCUCUUUAGAAUGUCCACUGUUGUCAUGCAGACACUUGCGUUUGUGCAGCACUCUUCCCCUGUACCGGGAUCUCAGCUCUUUGUCAGUGGAGAUCUGCGCUUGGAGCAACGAGUUCCCCUCCCGCACCGUGGCCUCCACACAGCUUACAAUAUAUCAGUCAUUGAUGGCCACAGUCCCUUUGCCAGCAGCUAUGAUCUGGUCAAAAUCAUUGGAGCAUACCACAAAAGAAACUUGACUACUGUCUUCUCUUGCCCAAGUCCAGUUUGGACAGUGGGUCGAGCUCCUGGGGCUCCCUUCAGGAUAAGUGCAGAGGUGCGCUACCCUGUGGAGGUCAUCAGUUAUCGUCCAGGUUUCUGGGAGAUGAUCAAGUUUGCAUGGAUUCAGUAUGUCAGCGUAUUGCUUAUAUUCCUGUGGGUCUUCCGCCGCGUCCAGGACUUUGUCUUCCAGAACCAGGUGUUGCCUACGGUGCCUGUUCUACCGCUUAAACAGCACAGGGCCUGAAGAUGUCUGCCCAUCUUACAGUUAGGAUCAAAGGAUUAUGUGUAUGAAAACAGCCUGUAUACCUGUGAGUGGAGCAUUGAUUAUUCCAUAAGAUAUCAGUGUGUUCAGCUUCAAUGAAAAAUGCUCUUGUAAUCAUAUUUUUUUAUUUGUACAUAGGUUUGUUUGCUUAGAGUUUUACUUUUAGUACAUUAAAUGUGUUUCUAUAAAUCCUA